GAAACGGAGGCUAAGGCAAUUAAGAUAUAAUGAAAGGGGAACGAUCGGGAGCAGUCCAUAUUUAACGCCGGCCGGUGUCUGGCCAGGCCAACACCGGCGAAGCGCCGCUUGCUCACCACUCUCUUGCCCUUUUCUUUCCAUCUUCUGGCCUUCUCCUUCUUCUCUUCUCCUUCUCUCCUGCAUGUCUAUCGGCGUCCCUCCUCUUUCAUAUCCCCAAUGGUCGUCUCCUGAGUACCAUCAGCACAAGGUGCGGACCCCUCUUGCUACAGCCGCAGCCCCUCAGUGCCGGUCAGAAGCCGUCGGACUCAGUCGCUUUUCAUCUCCCUCCACCUCUGGCACCUCUCUCGUGCACGACCCUCCGAUGUCCCCAGGCCCCUCCGUCGUCCGCCCCUUUCGCUUCUCCGCGCAGACCGAUGGCCUUUUCACUCCCAAAUCCGGAAGAGUCAGCGACUCCUGGAUGAGUGCCGCCUCCCGCGCGCGCACGCCCUCCACCGUGCCCUCCAGCGCGAGCAGAAAGGGCAAAGAAAAGGAGACCACAGGUGCCCCUGAUUCGAUCAGCAUCCACAGUACGCGCGCCCUCGCCUCCGCGGCCCCCGUCCGUCCACGCACUGACCCGGUUGCCUCAUCAGCGGAUCCGUUCCCCAACGAGGCCCGCACGUCGUCGUCCUCGCACCGCCCAGCGACGGCAGACCCAUCUCCACCCAGGAAGAACCGCGGAAGCCUUCUGGUUGCGGCGUCAGACGCGCUGGGUUUCGGGCGGCGCCGAAAGUCCGUCAAACAGCCUCUGCCCGUGCAGGCGCUCCUCCUGUCGGAGGUCAUUGAAAUCCGUGCGCCCAAGCGCGACGAGGAGGAGCAGGAACGCCAGCGCUUACGUGAUGCAGCCGCGCAGUCGAUCGGAUUUGGGCUGGACAUACUCGAGCCCGCACGGACGCGCGAGGACUCGGUUUACGAAGACGAAGGAGCGGACUCGGGCGAAAAGGGGGAGGCUCCGCACGAAGAGCUGCGCACGUCGGAGACGUUCAGCGUCAGCUCGAACCAUCACCUGUCGUCGCCAGUACCACUGGCGAUGCACGCCGUGGGCCACCGACGGCGGGGCGGGUCGCUGUCGUUGUCGCUUCAGCAGUCGCGGGCGACCCACUCGACACCGACACCGACGGUCCCGACGUUCCCAGCGAGCUAUUCGUCGUUGACACCGUGGGUGCACCUGUCCGGGACGUUGCCGAAGCACUACCCGCCGCCUUCGCUUCUGAUGAUGGCACUUUCGAAGCAGUGGAAGAACCGGUUCGUGGUGCUGACGAGUCCGACGGGGGCUGGGCGGCAGACGCGCUCCGAGGGCCCGAGCGUGUCGUACCUGCACGUGUUCAAGUCGGGCGGUGCGGAGGAGCGGGAGCUGGAGCGGCUGGAGAUCAACGAGAAGAGCGUUGUGUUUGUGACGGACGAGGAGGUCGGAGGGCGCCGGAACGUGAUCAAGGUCGGGGGCGGGGACGUCGGGGUCCUCCGGCGGGAGCUGAACAGCGAGGAAAACGGACAGACGAUGCUGCUGCUGCAGAUCGUCGACGGCGCAGAGUCGCGGCGAUGGAUAAAUGCGAUCAAGAAUGCCGUUUUGGGGCAGAGGUCGAUUCGCGCAGGCCUCGGGCUUCCCUCGCUAAAUAUGGCAGGUCCCGAGCCCAGAGGGGACAUGGACGUCAUGCUGUCCAUGCGCAUGCAGGGCAUCCUCUCCUCCCCCGCCCCCAGCUCCUUCCAGACGUCCGACUAUGGCGCCUCCUCUUCCAACGGCACAGACAGCUCCUACGACCAGCCCGUCACCCCGCUGGGGCCAGGCACAGUCCGCUCCCUGCCGUCCUCACCUCGGUCCUCCACCGUCUCGGCUCUCAAGGGCCUCUUCACCGGCAGCCGUCCGCGGUCCCCGUCGCGCACGGCGUCGCCCGAGCCAGGCUACGAGUCGCCGGGGGACUCAUUCGGCAGCGUGGGCAGCAACCUCCUGGGCAUGCUCAAGUCGUCUGGCAGCGUGUUGGGGGAGCGGGCCAUGUCUCCCGCCGCGCCUUCGCCGAUCCUCAAGCCCCGGGCGAUGCUUCCCUCCCCGAUGUCGACCCUGGGAUCGCCGGAGUCGCACCUAUCGCGGAAGAUUGUCCAGAAUCGAACCAGUCUCGAUUGGGCACCGGCGCCAGGCGACCCGCCGGCAGCGAAGAGGGAACAGCCUGCCCGCGCACUGUCCCCUUCCCUGCCGCUCCAGCCGCCACCGCCCCGCAAGCGUGCUUGGACGACGACGGAGCCCGUCCCCGCCAAGCAGCAGUCGCCCGGGCCGUUGGUGUAUACGCAUGCCAACUCGAGCACCGCCGGCAGCUUCGGAAUCGCGUUUGGUACCGAGGCCACGACGCCCACCGCGACCUCGAGAGGGAGCUUCGACUACGCCGGGUCGGCACACAGCGGCACGCCCGUGCAAAAGUCUCGCGCGCCCUCGGUGUCCUCGGUGUCGACCAUUGGAUCGGCCGACAGAGGGGAGCCCGCGCUGGAUCGGUCCCAUUCGAGCCAUCGGCGAUGGUCGCGACACAUCGUGCUGCCCAAAAGAAUGACGCCGCCGUCGGGGUCCCCUCCGCCGGUGCCGAUGACGCAGUCGUGGCAGAGCACCCUGUCCUUCAACCAUCGGAUUUCCCAUCCCUACGCCGCCGACCGCUUAGGCGAGCGCCCGCCCAGCCGAGAGUCGUCCUCCACGCACUCGCACAGAAACACGUCUGCUGGCCUGCCGCUCUUCUCGAAGCGUGCGUCGGGCUCGUCGUCCGUGUACAGCGUCGCCUCGAACCACUCGGUGCCCUCGCGCACGAGCACGUCGUCGCAUCCGCCGAGACAGGCCAACAUGCAUCGCCUCUCUGUGCCGCCACCCCAGCGGCCUGCGCCGAGCAGCGCUCUGCCCCCGACGCCUCCGAACACCGCCGUGCCCAACGCGAGCGCCAAGAGGGCGGCCUCGCUCAAGCGACCCGACUCGGCGCCCGUCCCCAAAUCGGCCUUCCGAGACAGCCUCGCCCACCGCGCCAUGCGGCUCUCGAUGCUCCCUCCCACCAGCCCGCCUUCCCACGUGCUCCCGCCCCGGCCCGACGAGCCCUCGAUUCGACGCCAUCACCGCCGAAGCACCAGCGCAGACAGCAAUCCUCUUCCGGACGCAGCGCACGCAUCCACAGAGCCCCCCUAUCCCGCCCCCACGGGUCCCCUGCCACCCCCGCCCUCCUCUCCGCGCCUCACAUCGUCGUUCAAGCAACGCCUGCGCCUUCGCAGUGCGCCGUCGCCGCCCCCGCUUACUCCCUCUGCCGACGCUCACUUCAUCCCAGCGAGCAACGCGUACUCGCCCCCCGCCACCCCCAUCGCCGAGCGCAUUACCACCAUGCAGAACGAUCCCAACUUCUUGCUGCUUGCGACACCUGUCACCCCUACCUCCGCCGCCCCGUUGCCGCUUCCCCCCCAGCUUCCCCCGCGCAGCCCCUUUCGUCCUCCACCCCCGGAGCGCUCGCCACCCGGCCCUGAGAUGACCUCUCUCUCGCCACCGCCGCGCCGCGGCUCGCGCCAGAUCCCGAAUGGUGACAAGGAACCCAAGGCGGAGGUCCCGCUCCUCUUCACCGAUGACACGGCCGCGGAGCUUGGCGAUGCGGACGAAAUCGGGAAACGCACAUCCCUAGCCACCAUCCCCGACGCCGUCCAAGGCCUCGUCCUCGUCCUCGUCCUCGUUGUCUUCGCCCUUGUCAUGAUAGCGCUUUAUUUAUUCGUUUCACUCGCGCUCCCUGCAUCGACCCGUAAUGUCCCGCCCUGUGCAUCUCCUCUAUUUGCCCGACCGAUCCCAUCGUACUGCCUCCAUAUUCUUCGCUUUCUUAUCUCUUCCCCCUCCCCCUUUCCCCCUCCACCGCCCCCUCACCACCAUCACUCAUGCCCCGAGUCACGGCACUGA